AUGUCAGGGACGGCACAGCGGCUUACCAGUACACAAUUCGGACGUUUGCGGACCGGUCUUUUUGGAGGAGAUCGUCCAUUGGCUACCGGUGAGACACCAACAAGUUCGGCAGGAAACAGACCCAUGACGUCGGUUAGAGCUGCUGGUUUCUCUUCCAACCUCCGCAGGACCUCUGCCAUCGGACUUGGCCGUUAUAGUCUUGAUCUUUCCAAUCAGGCCGGAAGACCUGACGGUACGGCAGUCGAUGUGGUUGUCCCGCCACUGGAGCAGAAUUUUGAGGAAAACCAGGAGGUGCAGAUAAAGGAAAUGGAGAAGAAGGUCACUGCCUUAUUUGAAGAAAGCUGUUUAGCAGCGGCCGACGGAGACUAUAGCCUCGCCUUGGAAAGGGCUAAGGAAGCGGGACGCAAAGAGCGCGUCUUGGUGCGUCAGCGGGAACAGCUCGGAAUCGCUGACCAGAUCAACCUUGAUCUGACCUACUCGGUCCUUUUCAAUCUGGCCAAUCGUUAUGCAGACAGUGGCAUGCACCAAGAGGCUCUUAACACCUACCAGGCAAUUGUACGCAACAAGAUGUUCACUCACGCAGGUAAAGAUUUGCUGUACCUACCUGGGCACAUAUGUUUUCCUUUGGAGGUUGACCCACACUCAUACAAGUAA